AUGGCUAAGGAAAUGGACCAGCUCACCAGCAAACAACAAAUCGAAGAUGCCAUCAGCGGCCACACUUCCUUCAUCCUAAUGUUCACGGCAGUGUGGAGUGACGUUGGCAGACUGACUAAGAGCAACUUCGAGAGAAUUGGUGCCGCCAAGUACCCUUCCGUGUAUUUGGCCUGGGUGAGCACCGAUGAUAACCCGGAGCUGGCCGAGGAAUGGGGUUUCACUGCCAUCCCAGCUACCGUGGGUUAUAAGAAUGGCACCAAGGUUAAUUAUUAUAUUGGCCCCCAGAUUGUGGACGAGCAGGUGGAGAAUUUUUUCAACCAGGUCGUUUAA